AUUCAACGUGUGAAAAUUUCCAAGACACCAAAUCAUAUAAUCUUGAGUAUACAAGGUAGGACGUAUUUGUAAAAUUGGUAUAAAGAAAGUGUAGUUUCGUGUAUAAGUGUUGGGCAUAAUGAUAUUUUCUUACACAUACAAAGAUCACAUAGUAACAUGCAAAACUAAUCUACAUAGAAUUGACACAAAAUAAGCAAAACUUGAUUGUUAUGGCGUACUUUAACGGUUAGAUAUCAUUCGUUUCAUUUUUGUAAUGGAGGAGGCGAUAAUAUCACUAUUUAGGUUUGUGCAUUUGCAAUAGCUCCACCUUGAAUAUCUAUGAUAUGAUGAAUGUCAUUAUAAUAUAACUGCAUUACCAUAAUGCACUAGGACGGGAUCUCUUGGAUUCCAUCUUCUAUAUAGGAUUUAUUUCAAGUUGAUACAAGUAGGACAUAGUUGUCAAAUAUGAAUACCGACAAACUCCAUGAAUUUGAUAUUGAAAACAAUUGUUUUUGCACCGAACUUCACACAAACUUGAUUUCUCAGUUAUACAUAAAGUUUGACAUGAUUUUAAGAUUUUAUCUACCAGAAAUGUACCCAUAAAAAAUCAAAGUAUAUAAGGAUGUUGAUUAAAUUAACAUUUUCAACUUAAACCAUGCAAAAUAAAUUAAUAAAAUUAGAUGUGAAAGAAAGGUAUGCGAAACACUUAAAAACAUUCGAUGUGUAUACGGUAAUGGGCCCGGGAAAGAUAAGAGGCGACGGAGGGAAGGAAGGGACCCCAAAAGUGUGGGAUGGUGGUGCACCAAACGCCACCUAAAUCUCAAUUUCCUUUUCCCCAAAAACCUCUCCCAGUCGGGGAAGCAAAAAAUGCACCCCGUCGACGGGGAACAAAAUUUGCAGCCAAUGGUAGUCACCAUCGAGGAGAGAACGGCUGCAAAAUGGAUAGGGGUACAGUUUUAGCGAGAACACGCGAGAACUGGGAGAUCGAGCAGAGUUCUUCUUCUUAGCUUGUUACCACGCCACCACGUGUUGUACAUCUCCUUCUCUUUCUCCUUCCUUCCUCUCCUUUCCUCCUACAUUUAGCAAACCCUUUCGUUUUUCCUUGGGAGGUUGGGAGUGUGAUUAAUUUUUUUUGGGUUUCAUCUUGGGGUGGUGGAUUAAUACGGGCGAUGAUGAGUCAAAACUUUGAAUGAUUCUUCCAAUUUACUAUAUAAAGAUUAUUUGCUAUUUUUUUUCCCUCAUUCAAUUUUGCUCACACAGAUUGCCCAUUUCCGUAAAUUUAUGUUGUUGGUUAUGAUGAUGGUAGUGGUGGUGAUGGUGGUGCUGAUGAAUGAAUGAGAUCUCUCUAAUCUCCUCUCUAUCGGCUUAAAGCUUCCUAAUUUCUCGUCCUUUAAUUUUUGCAUUAAAAUCGAUCGACCCUCUUCCCCUUCCCCGUGUCUCGUUACCUUCAAUUUUCCUAUUUCUCCAUCUGGGUUUCUUUCAAUUUCCUGUCAGAUUGAGGUAAUUCUCACGUUUCUUCCCCGCUCCCUCACAAAAUACAUGUUUUGUUAUUGGGCAUUUUCCACCUGAAGCGAUUUCAUUUUUUUUCCUCUUCUUCUUCUGGGUUGUGAUUGAUCAGGGCGUGGAGCAUUCAUCCUUGCGAUUUUUAGUGCAAGAAGGCAAGAUAAGAAUAUAGUGGUAGCUGGAUUGGGAUUGGUUAGCAAUCCUAUAGAUGGCGAAGAGUUGGGAUCCAUUUGGUGAUUCGUGGAGCUUUAGGAAUUUUGAUUGGAAUGUGGAGAAAUCUCAUUUUCCUGGAGGAGCAGAAUUGGAAGCCUAUGGUAGGGCAGUGUCUGAUGAUAUUUUUGAUCGUCUCCCUGUGGAUCCGUUUGGCAUGGACAUCAAGUCCAGAUUCAGUGCAGUGAAAGGAUGGAUUGGAGUUUUCGAGGCCGAUUUUGGUGACGUUGGGGACGAUGAUGGUGAAAAGAAGUUCGUUGGCGAUGGAUUGUUUUCGGGGUUUGAUUGGUUUCUCAAUGAUGGUGUGAGGCUGCAGUCACAGUCUAACAUUAAUAUCAGUUCGUUCUCGAUUCAUGAUAACAUCUAUGAUCUAGGGAUUGAUUGUGAAUAUGGCGAUUUCGGUUCAAAAAUUGAUUUCGACAAUGUGAUACUCUCCAGUAAAGGGAAAGCAUCAACAAGAAGGGAAGAGUGUGAUGCAAAUGCUUGCUCCGUGUCCACAGAUGGUUGUUCUCCUCACAGUUUGGGGAUUGAUUCUAUAUUUAAUGUGAGUAGUGGAGUUGUAUUUGAUGAAGAGAAAGAGUGUGAAGAUAAAAAAGGUGGUGAGCCACCUGAUGGUUUUGAUUUAGUUCUGUCUUACCUAGGUGUGAGGGAGCUCCUUGUGGUUGAAAUGGUAUCCAAGUCUCUCCGUGAUGUUGUCCGAGAUAAUUCUCUAUGGAAAAAAAUUUAUAUCGAUCAACCAUUAAGUGAGAAAAUAACCGAUGAUGUUCUUGGCAAGUUGGCUGGUAGGGCACAAGGCACUUUGCAAUCCUUGACACUGGUUGGAUGCACAAAAAUCAGUGAUACUGGAUUGAUGCGGGUUCUUGAAAGCAAUUUGAGUUUGCAAAAGUUAUCAGUUCCCAGGUGUCUAAGGCUAACCGUCGAUGGCAUUGUGGGAAUUUUGAGGGCCUUGAAGUCGGCAGGCACUUUAAAAUUGAAACACUUGAGAUUUGGUUGCUUCGUUGGUGUAACUGACCAUCAAUUUGAAGAGCUGAGUUCCAUUCUUGGUGCAGAGAUGCAGGCAGAGCAGAUAAGCAACAAGAAGAAGCCUCAGUUCUAUCACGUGGGACAAUUUUAUCUCUCAUGUGAUGAUGAUCGUGCCUUUGACAUCGAGAGGUGCCCAAAAUGUCAGAAACUGAAGCUGAUUUAUGAUUGCCCUUUAGAGGGUUGUCAAGUGAAUGAUCAAGCUGCCAGUCAGCUAUGUAGGGCUUGCACUCAGUGCAUUCCUCGAUGCAUUCACUGUGGGCAGUGUAUUCGGGAUAGGGAUUAUGAGGAAACCUUCACAUUGGACCAUCUUUGUUUGGUCUGCAGGAAGGAACUCCAGACUUGUGAUGAGAAGCAUGAAAUGAAGAGCGUGUCUUCUUCAGGAAGCAUCAUCUUUGUGGACAAAUGAGGUGAAUCCAACUUCUGAUUUUUUGUAUUAAGAGUGAAGAAAAGGCGUUGCUGGUAUUAUCCUCCUUCAUGGUUGUCGGUUAAUUUUACAUACUUCAACUGUGUUUGGAGAUGUGGCGCAAUGAUUGCCGAUGGAUGUCAACCCUCACUCUCGUUGCAAAGUUACACAAAAUCCUCCUGUGGCUUGGGGUUGUGUUGUCUCCUAGGAGCCUUGAGGCAGACUGGCCUUGGUUUGUCCAUUGGCUGUUUGCACAUGACAAACAUGAACUGAGGUUCAAGAGUAGGCUUACAGGGUCAACAAGAACAAAAAAGAAAAGACAAAAAAAUGGAAAAGAACAACAACAAAAAAAGACAGAACUAGCUAAAAAGGAGGGAAAUAAAGUAAGGAAAGAAGCACAGUAGAAAGUGAAGGAAAUAUGAUGGGGAAGGGGGAGACACUGAUGUUGUUGCAUUUGAUAUGAGCAUUAGUCGAGGUUCCCCUUGUACAUAAUGGUUGUCUGGCUGGAUUUUGUGAUGUAAAGGACAGAGAAUAAGGAAGGACUUUAGCAAAUUAGAUUUCGAUUGAUUGGGGCAGGAGUUCGUUAGUAACAAGCUUUUUGCUGCUGGCUUGUUGAUGUCAAUCCUCCAGUAGAAGGAUUAAGAAGUUGAGGCGGGUGAAGUGAACAAAGAGAAGGGUCUUCACUACAUAGAAGAAGCUUAGAAGGUUUGCAGGCGAGAAAUAUCGGUUUAAUUUCGCUUGCAAGGUGAUUGGUCUGUGUGUGUGUGUGUGUGUCAAUAUGUCAGGUUGGUAUUGGGAAGAUGAUGUUUGUGGGAUACUUGCUGCAGAAUUAAUCAGAUCUUCAUUAUGUUAAUAUUGUAAUCUUACUAUGUUGUUUUUGUUUUUGGGAUGAGACUGGGACUGGGCUGGCAAUGUAAGAUAGUGCCCAAGUCUUCCAUUAUCAAAUAAAUAAGUGAUGUCACAACUAAUUUUUGUAGAGAUUUUAUGUUUGGUGAUUUAUAUAUAUAUAUAUACAUAUGAGGAGGGUAAUUGUUGAGAACCGAUACAAGAAAUGUUGCAUUGUCUACCUUUUCCUAGGAAUGACAAUGUUAAGCGAAUAAUUUGAUCCAAUUGUCAUGAUUCAUUUAAGUAUUUUAUUAAAUUUAAAUUGACUAAUAUAUACUUAGGGGUAAUUUGCAUGAAUUAUUUGGUACUAAAUGACUGUUUUGUGAACAAAAAACAAAAUGAGUCGUUUACAAAUGACUCUUUUUUAAUAUCACUACUUUCAAUCUCAAUCUCCCCUUUUUUUCAUAUACGCAAUACUAAUUCUUCUCUAUUUUGUCUUCAUAAAACCAGUACUUUCCAACUAUUCUCCAUUAUACUUUUCAACUAUCUCUAGAAAACUAGUCAUUAUUUUUUAAAGGUUUCAAAUAUAUGUUUUGUUUGGUUGUAAAAUGAUAUAGUUUAGAACCCUUAUAAUUUGUAAAUAAAGUUAUCAUAAAAGCAUUGUUCACAAAUAAAAAAGUAGUAUUAUUAUAUAUUACCAAUGCCCAAAUAAUAAGUUACAUAUUGGUUGGAAAAUGGAAUUUGCUUUUGUGGUUGGCUUUAUUAGGAUAACAACCAAGAAAAUGAAACUUACUACAUGUAAGAGAAAAAUAAUAACAAUAUACAAAUCACCCAUCUAAAAAUUUAUCAAUAAACAACACAUUUGGACUAAUGGAGGUGAGUGGGACUAGAAAUGCCUCAGCACAUGCCUCUCUAAUGAUAUCAUCUGCGUAUUGCAGGAAAAUAUAGUUUAGAACUAGGAAUGAGAGAGGAUAAAACCUUAUGGGGGUGUCGAGAAGCAUCAUCGAUUUCGUCUAAGAUCUGCAUACAACCUUGUUUAGGGGAAUAGGGAAGCGGAACCAGAGAAGAUUUUGAAAGACUUUUGGCACUGGAUAUGUCUAAGUUUUGUCACAUAUUUCCUAUAGCUUGCAACCCACAAUAGACUUCUCCCCAACAAGGAAAGAGAGGCGCGAGCUCACAAGUAAUGGCAGCUGCACUCAUUGUACUGUAGCAAAAGAGACAGUUGAGCAUAUCUUUCGCAAUUGCACAAAGACAUUGAUAAUUUGGAAUAAUUUAUAAGAUGAAGGAAAAGAACACAAAUCUUGAGUUCCAUACUUGGCUCACCAAAAUCUCUAGGCUAAGGAGACGUGAAUAUAAUUUGGCAUUGUCUACUUGAUGCUAUGGAAACAGAAAAGUGAAGAAAUUAUGGAGACAAGAAAUUCUAGGACGAAUGGACUAUUCAUAGGAUAAAUGUCUGGUUUCAAAUCAACAAACAAGCACAUAAUAGCGUACAAUGAAGCAUGCUGCUACCUCAAAACAACAAAAUAAGUUAGUAGAUCAGUUAGACUCAUCUAAGAGAUGGGUGGUUGCGAAUCUAGACGGAUGGCUCGGUUGACACUUCGACUAGGAAAGAAACAAUAAUGAACUUUUGUGUGAUUAGUUGGGUAGAUGUGAGAGAACAUUCCGCAACAACUUGAGAUUGUGCUCGAUCACAAGAGCUGAACUUAAGAAGGCAAUUGAAGGUCUUGAGUUUUCUUAGUGUAAAGGCUUCGAGAAGGUCGAGUUAAACCUUGAUUCCUAGACAUCAAAAGGAUACAAAUCACAUAUAUGGUUUGCUAGUCAAGCAUAUAGGUAGUCCUUUGGAAAGAGAUUCAAACGUUAGAAUUUUCCAUAUAUAUAGAGAAAGUAAUUGUGCAGUCAACUUCUUGGAUAAUAAAGAUUACUUUGUUCC